AUGCAGCCUAAUACAUACUACAGUGGGGGUCCCCCUUCCUAUGAAUGUCAGGAUCAAGGUCCACUAGGGGACGAGAGCAAGAGGAUUCAGAACGUGAUCAGUCCUCCGCCACAGUCCACUGUGGUGACUGUAACACACAAUAUUUCUCCUGUACAAGAUCAUGUGGUGUGGUCCACCUUUAAUAUGGCGUAUAUGAAUUUUUGCUGUCUGGGAUUGAUAGCCCUUGUGUUUUCUGUCAAGGUAAGAAACCAAACUAUUUAACUUCUGUGUAAAGUUUGCAGUGUCUCGUGCUAUAUAGUAAUAGAAAUUCCAUUAACAAUUUAUUCUGCUAGAUUCUACCAAUCCAUAGUCUGUGUUUUAUUUAACCCCUUCAUGGUAAAGGUUAAGGAAAACCCCAUUAUAUCAUGACAGUCCUGGCACUAUCUGCUCUGAAGGGGUUAAGAAACAGCAACUCAAGUCGCCAAUGAUGCUGUGUUUAUCUAAAAGUAAUAAUUGUCGGAAAUUCAAUGUGAAUUUUAAAUUUCAGGCCAGAUUAGCUGAAUUGGAAGCAUUGCUUGAUAAUUGUUUCCCCGUUGGCUAUUCUGGACUCUUAGGUUUGGAAGAGCAUUGUGGGUGUGCUUGUCGGUCUGCAAUAAGAUGGAGGUUAGCUGCUUCUCUGUGACUCUUUUCUAUUAAAGGAACACACAGCUGACUUUCUGAAAACAUAGUUAACACUUUAGUAGAAUUACCACCAUAGAAAACAUCCAUAGACCAAUUUCUGUAUGUUAAAAGAAAUCUGUCUCGAUGCAUAUUCUUGUUCUUGGGUAGAACAUUGGCUUAAGGAUAGAGUACAACAAUUUGUCAUUAAUGGUACAUUUUUAAACUGGACAGAGAUGGUAAGUGGUGUCCCUCAGGGUUCUGUUCUGGGACCCCUUCUAUUUAACAUGUUUGUAAAUGAUCUUGAAGACAGCAUUGAAAGUCAUGUUUCAGUGUUGCAGAUGACACAAAACAUCAUCAGUACAAUGUGAGCAAGAUAUUACUUAGCUGCAGAGGGAUUUAGAUAGACUGGGGGACUGGCCACUCAAAUGGCAGAUGAAAUUUCAUGUUGAAAAAUGCAAAGUUAUGCACUUUGGCAUAAAGAAUACACAAGCAAUGUAUACCUUUAACCCAUUUACGCCAUUAUGGUGUUCUAUGCCGUCCCACAUUAAGUGGGCUUUAAAGCCGUUGCGGCGGCAUAGAAUGCUGUAACUGCUUUGAGCCCCUGGAGGUCCGGCGUACUUACCUCCGCCGCGAUCCUCUUCUGGUAGGCUGCCUGACAGCCCAGGCAGCCCUCCCCCAGCAAAUGAGGCCCCUAGGGGCCAUGUGAUCGCUCUCAAAGAGCGAUCACAUGGCCCCCUAUAGCUGGCUGUGGAUCUGCCAGCAGGGGGACUGUCUGAAAUGUCAGACAGUCCCCCUGCUGGUGGGAAAGUAAAAAAAAUAAUAAUUAAACAUGUUAUAAAAUAAAAUAGAAAUGUAUUUAUAUAUAUAUAUAUAUAUAUAUAUAAUAUAUAUACAUAUUAUAUAUAUGUAACGUCAUACAAAGUGUAUUUUAAUAUUAAUAUAAGUACAUAUAUUAGUAUUAAAAUACACUUAGAAUGACGUUACAUAUAUAUAAUAUAUAUAUAUAUAUUAUAUAUAUAUAUAUAUAUAUAUAAUAGAUAUAUACACAUAUAUUAUAUAUAUAUACACGUAUAAUUACAAUAAUAAAUAAAUAAAAUAAUAAUAAAUAAAUAAAAUAUUGAAACAAAAUUUUAUAUAAAUUAUAUAUUCAUAUGUAAUUUCAUUCUAACUGUAUUUUGUUAUUAAUAUAUAUAUAGGUAACAAAAUACACUUAGAAUUACAUUCUAUAUAUAUCUAUCUAUAUAUAAAAUACAAAUAACCGCAAAUAAAUAAAUAAAUAUAUAUAUAUAUAUAUAUAUAAAUACAUAUAAUUACAUAAAAGAUUACAUUAGUAUACACGUAGAAUUUAAAUACCUAUAAAUGUAUAUAUUAAAAUUCUACGUCUAUAUUUAAGUAAUCUUUUAACAUAAUUAUGUGAUUUGAUUAAUUAAAAUUUGAUUGACAUGCCUGACAACACAGGGAGAAAGUGCAGAGAAUUUAAUUCGCAAGCACUAUAUUUGUCCCUGUAACUCUCCAAGACACAAAAAAACCUGUACAUAGGGGGUACUGUUUUACUCAGGAGAUUUCGCUGAACUCAAAUAUUAGUGUUUUUUAAACUGGUAAAUUGUAUUACAACGAUGAUAUUUUAAGUAAAAGUGAAAUUUUUUGCAUUUUUUACAAACGAAGGGCACUUUUAUGUACUAUAUUAUUGUUGUAAUAUGUUUUACUGUUUUAAAACACUAAUAUUUGUGUUUAGUGAAGUCUCCCUGAGAAUAACAGUACCCCCCCAUGUACAGGUUUUAUUGUGUUUUGGAAAGUUAGAGAGUCAUAUAUAAGGCUUGCAUUUCAUUUUUUUCACAUUGAAAUUUGCCAGAUUGGUUAUGUUGCCUUUGAGAGCGUAUGGUAGCCCAGGAAUGAGAAUUAUCCCCAUGAUGGCAUACCAUUUGCAAAAGUAGACAACCCAAGGUAUUGCAAAUGGGGUAUGUCCAGUCUUUCUUAGUAGCCACUUAGUCACAAACACUGGCUUUUUUCACACAAAAACAAAUAUGAACGCUAACUUUGGUCAGUGUUUGUGACUAAGUGGCUACUAAAAAAGACUAAACAUACCCCACUUUCAAUACCUUGGGUUGUCUACUUUUUCAAAUGGUAUGCCAUUAUGGGGAUAAUUCUCAUUCCUGGGCUACUACACCGUCUCAAAGGUAACAUUACUAAUCUGGCAAAUUUCAAUUUGAAAAUGGAACUUUCUAUAUUUGACCCUGUAACCUGUUAAUGGGGGGUACUGUUGUACUCGUGAGACAUCGCUGAUUACAAAUAUGUGCAUUUUUUUGCAGUAAAACCUAACAGUAUUAUGACAUUCACAGUUAAAAUGUCAGCCGGAAACACAAAUUUAAAAAAAAAAAAUCUUAUUUUCUCAAAUUUUUUUAAAUUUUAUUCAUAAUAAAUUAUGUUCCAUAUAUGAAUAGUUAAUGAUAAAUUAAAGCCCUCUUUCUCCUGAACAAAAUGAUAUAUAAUAAGUGUGGGUGCACUUAAUGUGACAGCAGUGAAUUACGGUUGGACAGACAUAUAGCGCAAAUUCCAGUUUUUGUUUAUGUUUUGUUUUGAUCAGAACGUGCACUAUUGACUCCGUCCUGAAGGGGUUAAUGGAAGCGAAUUAGGGAUAACAACACAUGAAAAGGACUUGGGAAUUGUUAUAGACAACAAACUAUGCAACAAUAUGCAAUGUCAAUCAGCAGUGGCUAAGGCCAGUAAGGACUUUUUAAGUAUGAAAGUGGCAUUAGUUCUCGGGAUAAGAAUAUAAUUUUGCCUCUUUAUCGCUGGUAGCACCACAUAUUGAAUAUGCUGUGCAAUUCUGGGCACCUGUUCUAAAGAGGGAUAUUAUGGCACUAGAGAGAGUACAGAGACAGGCUUCAAAAUUAAUAAAAGGAAUGGAACAUUUUAGUUAUGAAGAAAGGUUAACAAAUUUAGUUUAGAAAAAUGUCACCUGAGAGAGGAUUUAAUAAUAUUAUACAUUAUAUAUAAUAUAUUGUAUAUAUAUAUAUAUAUAUAUAUAUAUAUAUAUAUAUAUAUAAUAUAUAAGGGCCAGUAUAAACCAUUGUGUGGAAAUCUAUUCACAAACUGGACUUUACAUAGCACACGAGGCCAUGCGUUUAGACUGGAAGAAAGAAGAUUUAAUCUAAGGCAAAGGAAAGGUUUUUAUACCGUAAGAACAAUAAGGAUGUGUAAUUUUCUGCCUGAAGAGGUUGUUUUAUCAGAGUCCGUACAGAUGUUUAAAAAGCAAACUGGAUGAAUACUUGCAAAAACAGAAUAUUUUUCCUUGUUUAUUGCAAAAUUGGAAGUGCUUCAAACUGGGUUUAGAACAUAGAACAUAGAAUGUGACGGCAGAUAAGAACCAUUCGGCCCAUCUAGUCUGCCCAAUUUUCUAAAUACUUUCAUUAGUCCCUAGCCUUAUCUUAUAGUUAGGAUAGCCUUAUGCCUAUCCCACGCAUGCUUAAACUCCUUUACUGUGUUAACCUCUACCACUUCAGCUGGAAGGCUAUUCCAUGCAUCCACUACCCUCUCAGUAAAGUAAUACUUCCUGAUAUUAUUUCAGCUAAAACAGAUGUGAGGAAGGCUGAACUUUAUAAACAUGUCUCUUUUCAGCCUAUGCAACUAUAUUUUCUCCAGAAUAAUUUUUGGCUCUAAAAUCAUCCAAUAACUGUAGAGCCAUUUGGUUUCAGAGCAGAUGACUUUAACGUUAUUAGAUGACUUUAGAGCCAAAAAUUGCCCAGAAGAUAUAUUAAACAGAGCAUAUCGGGAGGUACAUGCUUUAGAUAGGAAAGACUAAUGAGACUCUGCAAAUAAACAAGACUUUGAAGAAGACUAAUUAAGUCCCAAUUAUUUUUAUUAUUCAGGAAAUAAUAAGAAUCUAAAGAGGAUCAUUAACAAAUAUUGGUUCAUUUUAUCUGGAGAUCCACUUUUACAACACAUAGUUGCCAGUAAACCUAGAAUCAUCUCUAGAGGAGUACCAAGUAUUAAAAAUAAUGUAAUAAAAAGUAGUUGUAAGAACAAGAAAGGUAAUAUUAAUACCUUCUUGAAUAAUGAAGAAGGAUUCUUUCAGUGUGGGUACUGGUUGACAUGUAAGGGGACGGGUGCUCCAAAUAAAGUUAAGAAAGAGUUAGAAGGAGGCAUUACGAGUAGAAAACAUAAAAUUAAACAACUUAUAACUUGCCAUACAAAGAACUGCAUCUAUGUCUUAACUUCCCCAUGUAAUUUACAGUAUGUGGGGGAAACUAAAAGACAAAUCCAUACUCGUAUUCAGGAGCAUAUUCGAAACAUCAGAAGAGGCUUUAAGGAACAUCCACUGUCCCUAAAUUUUACUCAAAGACAUAACGGAGAUCCUACUAGACAUGUGCAAUCCAUUUCGUUACGAAUGUGAAUUUGGACAAAUUUUUUAGGCAAUGCCAAAGUGCUGAAUUGCCAAAUUUCCAAAGUGCCAAACCAAACCAAAUUGCCGAGGUGCUGAAUUUCGGAAGUGCUGAAGUGCUUUGAAUUUCUGAAAAGUGACAAAACAAGAGAGGGUAGAAAAAUGAAGUGAAUGAUGACAGGGGUAGAGGUAGGGUUGGGUUAAGCUUAGGGUUAGGAGUAGAGGUAGGGGUAGGUUUAGGGGUAGGAAGCCCUACAGAUGUUCCGAAUCCCGAAGUUCAGAAUUGCCGAAGUUCUGAAUUGCUGAAGUCCCGAAUUUCUGAAGUGCCAAACCGAACCGAAUUGCGAAAGUGCCAAAUUUUUUUUACUUAACCGAAUUUCAGGAACGAACCAAACUGAAUUUUUUUUGCCCAUGCACAUCCCUAGAUCCUACCAAACUAGAGUUUCUUGGAAUUGAAAGAGUUAACAGAAAUGUAUAAUUAAUGUGUGUUUAUAUUUAUUAUACAUCUAACAAUAUAAGUCCAGAGUAUGUGCAAUAGAUUACAUUUAAUGAUAGGUGUAGAUGAUAAUAUGGAAAAAGAACACAAGCCCCAAUAUUUUUUUUAAUUUUAUUUAUGUGUAUCAUUCAUUCACUCAGAACAGCAGCAGUUUUACAGCGAAUAAACUAAUGGCACCAAACACAAUUAAUUCAGCUACACAUUCGUUCCUUCAGGUGUUAGUUAUAUUUUCGACCAAUUCUUUAUUUUUGGAUGAAAGUAAUGAAAAACAAAGUUUUCAUUCAGUUUUUAACAUCACAUUUUCUUCCAACAACUAAUGCACCUGUUUAUUAAUGUCCCAGUUUAAUUGUGACAGAGUGCCUGGUCACUUAGGACUGGUACAUGUCUUCCAACUGCCACCUUCUCCUACAAAAGACUAUAUCACUAUUGUUGGCUCCUCCAACCCAUGCUUCGCAGCACAGUGCAUCCUCUCUGUGGCCUCGGACCACUCAUAGGCUGACAGGAGAGCCUUUGAGGCAUUGUGUGCCUGGGAGCUACCUGCAAAACAUUUGGAAAUCCUGAUUGAAUCGAGGAGCUGCAUUGGAAGGUACUUUUUAUUUAAUUGAACCUGUCCCUCAGGGCUGCCGCCAUCUUCAGUGGCGUACAUACCGGGGUCGCAGGGGUUGCGGCUGCGACUGGGCCUGGCCCACCAGGGGGCCAGGCCUCCCUGCGACCCAGUAUGUACGCCAGUGUGGCCCUGGUGUCACGGGCUGGCGGGCCAGGGAACACUCUCCCCUGAGCGCUCUCUGCCCAGGUCCCUCGCGCACCGCACUGAUACCGGAGCCGGAAGAUGAUGUCAUAUUCCGGCUCCGGCAUCAGUAAGCGGCGCGUGAGGGAGCUGGGCAGAGAGCGCUCAGGGGAGAGUGCUCCCACCUCGCCCACCAGCCCGCCAUACAGCCAGCCCGCCCAGUGACCGGUCGCCCAGCAGAACCACUAGACCUCAGGGAAUCCCCUCGGCUCUCCCAAAGGUAAGGAGGCUGGGGGAUUAAAUUUUAAAGAAACAUGUGUGUGUGUUAGUGUUAGAGUGUGUGUGUGUCUGUGUGUGUGUGUUAGGUUUUGUGUCAGUGUGUGUUAGGUUUUGUGUCAGUGUGUGUGUUACUGUGUGUGUCUGCUAGUGUCAGUGUGUGUUAGUUUGUGUGUCAGUGAGUGUGUGUGUGUCAGUAAGUGUGUUACUGUGUGUGUCUGUUACUGAGUGUGUUAGUUUGUGUGUGUCUGUUAGUGAGUCUGUUUGAUGUCUGUUAGUGAGUGUGUUUGUCAGUGAGAGUGUAUGUUUUGUAAGUGAGUGUGUAUGUGUGUGUCUGUCAGUGAGUGUGUAUGUAUGUAUGUCGCUGAGUGUGUCUGUCAGUAAAUGUGUGUGUCUGUUAGCUAGUGUGUAUGCGUCUGUUCGUGAGAGUGUGUGUGUGUGUUUAAAACCCCUUCAGCACUUACCUUUCUCCAGCGCCGGACUUCCUUGGCGCUGGGGAUCCUUCCGCCCUGAUACGCCUCUCAUCUCCGAAUGCGCAUGGGCGGCAAGAACCGUGCGCGCAUUCAAACCAUGAGCAUUCAAAAGCAUUACUCGAUGCUUUCCUAUGGACAUCCAGCGUCUUCUCACUGUGAUUUUCACAGUGAGAAUUGCGGAAGUGGUCUCUAGCGGCUGUCAGUGAGACAGCCACCAGAGGCUGGAUUACACCUCAGUGAAACAUAGCAACUGCUAUGUUUUCAGCUGCAGUGUUAAAACUAGAGGGACCUGACAGCCAGACCACCUCAUUGAGCUGAUGUGAUCUGGGUGUCUGUAGUGGUCCUUUAAGUGUGUGUGCAUCUGCAUGCACUGGCGUACAUACCACGGUCGCAGGGGUUGCAGCCCUGCGACCAGGUGCCCCGCCGCCAUGUGUUUCGGCCCACACAGAGAACGCGCAGAGAGGGGAAGGGGGUUGGUGGGCCCCAUGGGUCGCGUGUACGCCAUCUACCACGAGGUCCUCUUCAGCUUCUGGCACUCCAUCUUGUGGGAAUGGACAUGCUAUGUGUGACCAUAAACUGCCAGGUAUAAAUGGAGUUAGAAGGCGUAUGGCACUGAGACUAGCUAAUCAGGAAUCACCUAUUGUGAACACAGUGCAGAUUAAAACAUUAAUGUAAAACAAAAUUAUUCAUUCAAACAUUUUUUUUCUGAUUAACCCUUUCACUGCAAAGUUAUUUUUACUUUGGAGUGCCGUCUCUUAUUGGGGGAAUCGACUACAAGGGAUUGCUAUGCUAGUCAUACUCCCUUGCUAAAUCACUACUAAGCUCUUGUAAGAGCUUGUUCCUGUCUUGCUCUCUGAAGGAGUCUACGGUGGUUAUGGUGUUGGCUGGAGUGCUUGGAGACCUCAGGAAGUGCUAGGAGCAUCCUUCAACGGAGGUACCCAGUCGGGCUGCCAGGUGAUCCGUUACAAUUAUAUAUAAUGAUACUUAGUUACUUAUUAGCAGAUAUUAUAUAUAAUGAUACUUACAGUAACUUAUUACCAGAUAUUAUAUAUAAUGAUACUUACAGUUACUUAUUACCAGAUAUUAUAUAUAAUGAUACUUAGUUACUUAUUAGCAGAUAUUAUAUAUAAUGAUACUUACAGUUACUUAUUACCAGAUAUUAUAUAAUGAUACUUACAGUUACUUAUUACCAGAUAUUAUUUAUAAUGAUACUUACAGUUACUUAUUAGCAGAUAUUAUAUAUAAUGAUACUUAUUUACUUAUUACCAGAUAUUAUAUAUAAUGAUACUUACAGUUACUUAUUACCAGAUAUUAUAUAAUGAUACUUACAGUUACUUAUUACCAGAUAUUAUUUAUAAUGAUACUUACAGUUACUUAUUAGCAGAUAUUAUAUAUAAUGAUACUUACAGUUACUUAUUAGCAGAUAUUAUAUAUAAUGAUACUUAUUUACUUAUUACCAGAUAUUAUAUAUAAUGAUACUUACAGUUACUUAUUACCAGAUAUUAUAUAAUGAUACUUACAGUUACUUAUUAGCAGAUAUUAUAUAUAAUGAUACUUACAGUUACUUAUUACCAGAUAUUAUAUAUAAUGAUCCUUAGUUACUUAUUAUCAGAUAUUAUAUAAUGAUACUUAGUUACUUAUUAGCAGAUAUUAUAUAUAAUGAUACUUAGUUACUUAUUACCAGAUAUUAUAUAUAAUGAUACUUACAGUUACUUAUUACCAGAUAUUAUAUAUAAUGAUACUUAGUUACUUAUUACCAGAUAUUAUAUAUAAUGAUCCUUAGUUACUUAUUAUCAGAUAUUAUAUAAUGAUACUUAGUUACUUAUUAUCAGAUAUUAUAUAUAAUGAUACUUAGUUACUUAUUAGCAGAUAUUAUAUAUAAUGAUACUUACAGUAACUUAUUACCAGAUAUUAUAUAUAAUGAUACUUAGUUACUUAUUACCAGAUAUUAUAUAUAAUGAUACUUAGUUACUUAUUAGCAGAUAUUAUAUAUAAUGAUACUUACAGUUACUUGUUACCAGAUAUUAUAUAAUGAUACUUACAGUUACUUAUUACCAGAUAUUAUAUAUAAUGAUACUUACAGUUACUUAUUAGCAGAUAUUAUAUAUAAUGAUACUUAUAGUUACAUAUUAGCAGAUAUUAUAUAUAAUGAUACUUAGUUACUUAUUAGCAGAUAUUAUAUAUAAUGAUACUUACAGUUACUUAUUAGCAGAUAUUAUAUAAUGAUACUUACAGUUACUUAUUACCAGAUAUUAUAUAUAAUGAUCCUUAGUUACUUAUUAUCAGAUAUUAUAUAAUGAUACUUAGUUACUUAUUACCAGAUAUUAUAUAUAAUGAUACUUAGUUACUUAUUAGCAGAUAUUAUAUAUAAUGAUACUUACAGUUACUUAUUACCAGAUAUUAUAUAUAAUGAUACUUACAGUUACUUAUUAGCAGAUAUUAUAUAUAAUGAUACUUAGUUACUUAUUACCAGAUAUUAUAUAUAAUGAUACUUACAGUUACUUAUUACCAGAUAUUAUAUAUAAUGAUACUUAGUUGCUUAUUACCAGAUAUUAUAUAUAAUGAUCCUUAGUUACUUAUUAUCAGAUAUUAUAUAAUGAUACUUAGUUACUUAUUACCAGAUAUUAUAUAUAAUGAUACUUACAGUUACUUAUUAGCAGAUAUUAUAUAUAAUGAUACUUAGUUACUUAUUACCAGAUAUUAUAUAUAAUGAUACUUACAGUUACUUAUUACCAGAUAUUAUAUAUAAUGAUACUUACAGUUACUUAUUAGCAGAUAUUAUAUAUAAUGAUACUUAGUUACUUAUUACCAGAUAUUAUAUAUAAUGAUACUUAGUUACUUAUUAUCAGAUAUUAUAUAAUGAUACUUAGUUACUUAUUACCAGAUAUUAUAUAUAAUGAUACUUACAGUUACUUAUUAUCAGAUAUUAUAUAUAAUGAUACUUAGUUACUUAUUAUCAGAUAUUAUAUAUAAUGAUACUUAGUUACAUAUUAGCAGAUAUUAUAUAUAAUGAUACUUACAGUUACUUAUUAUCAGAUAUUAUAUAUAAUGAUCCUUAGUUACUUAUUAUCAGAUAUUAUAUAAUGAUACUUACAGUUACUUAUUAGCAGAUAUUAUAUAUAAUGAUACUUAUAGUUACAUAUUAGCAGAUAUUAUAUAUAAUGAUACUUAGUUACUUAUUAGCAGAUAUUAUAUAUAAUGAUACUUACAGUUACUUAUUACCAGAUAUUAUAUAUAAUGAUCCUUAGUUACUUAUUACCAGAUAUUAUAUAUAAUGAUACUUAGUUACUUAUUAUCAGAUAUUAUAUAUAAUGAUACUUAGUUACUUAUUACCAGAUAUUAUAUAUAAUGAUACUUACAGUUACUUAUUACCAGAUAUUAUAUAUAAUGAUACUUACAGUUACUUAUUACCAGAUAUUAUAUAUAAUGAUACUUACAGUUACUUAUUAGUAGAUAUUGUAAAUCACUGCUAGUGAGGUUUCCCAUUGCAAGUUUUGCAACAUUGUUAUCAAUACUGUUACUUUUAUAUCUACAUUGAGAGAUUAUUCAACUUUCUAGCAGUAUUCAAGCCCUCCAAUUUGAAAGGUUGUGUUUUUCACAAUUCUUUUACUUUAUUCACUUAAAUCUCACUUAGUGUUUGUCUGUUUGUGUUCCCAAGUGGGACCUAAUAAGCUUACUAUUUUUCUUACUAUUUUUUAUUUUCUUAAUCAUAUUCUCUUUAUGAGUGAGAGACUAUUCAGUAUUUUGUUCCCAUGAUUGCUUUGUCUCCAGCCUGCCCUGAGGUUUGAUUUGUGGCCAAACACUGUCUUUCUCGGCUUGUCUGCUUCUUGUAUUGCCCACCCCCAAGCACCUUCUAAUUGAUAUUAUUGGAGCCCUUAACCCCAACAGCACCAGCCAACAGAAGGGACCCUCCAGGAACCAGGAAACUACACGGUGUGUCUUAGUGUAUAUCUGUAUGUGUGUCUUUCUGUGUGUCUGUACCUGUAUGUAUGUCUAUGUUUGUAGCUGUGUAUCUGUAUGUGUGUCAGUGUUUGAAUCAGUUUGUGUAUUUGCAUGCAUGCCAGUGUGUGUCUGUGUAACUACUUGUGUGUCAGUGUUUGUUUCUGUGUGUCUGUAUAUGUGGCAGUAUGUGUAUCUGGGUAUCUAUAUGUGUGACAGUGUUUGCUUCUCCGUAUCUGCAUAUGUGUCAGUGUUAGUUUCUAUGUGUAUCUGCAUUUAUGUCAGUGUUUGUAUUUGUGUGUCUCUAUCUGUAUGUGUGUCACUGGAUGUAUCUAUUGUAUAUACCAUAUAUUGGGUUUUUUCACCUCUCCUGGGUGGAAUGUCAGUUCCUUAUUUUUGAGAUGCCUGGGAGUCUGAGGGUUCUGCGCAGUAAGUUAAUUGUUCCUAGAACUGCACUCUUCUGGACAGUGAUCUCCGAUGUCCCACCUGGAAUCUGUUGAAGCCACUCCCCCAACUUGAGAGUCACAGCCCAGAGUGCUCCUAUCACAACUGGGACUACUACUACCUUCACUUUCCACAUCCUUUCUAGUUCUUCUUUCAGUCCUUGGUAUUUGCCCACCUUCUUAUGUUCCUUCUUUCUGAUGUUAUUGUCACUGGGUAUUGCCACAUCCACCAUUACUGCAGUCUUUCAUUCCUUGUCUACCACAACAAUGCCAAGAUGGUUGGCCACUACUUACUUGCUUGUCUGUCUGGAUCUGGAAGUCCCACAAGAUCUUAGCCCUGUCAUUCUCAACAACCCUUUGUGGUAUCUCCCAUCUGGACUUAUGCAGCUCCCAUCCGGAUUCUGUGCAGAUGUUUCAGUUCACAACCCCAGCAACUUGGUUGUGUCUCUCACUGUAUGCUGUUCCUGCUAACCUGGUAAGAUAUGUGAUGGAUUGUCUCAGAGGCCUCUUUACACAGUCUGCAAGUUGGAAGGGGUCCUUGCCUGGUGUGGUAGACUCCAGCUUCCAUUGUGCUGAGUGCCUGUUCCUGUGCUGCUAGGAUUAGCCUCAAUGCUGUAUUUCCGUUUCCAACCACUGGGAGGAAUUUGUUAUGUGAGCCACACCCACUAUCUGCUGGUGGUAAUCCCAUGGAAAGGUUUAUCUUGCCAAGGAACCUCCUCCUUUUCUGCAUCCUCUAUCUCUUAAAGUCUCAGGCAUUCCCUUAGCAGUUCAUCUUUGGGAGCCAUUUUCAUGAUGUACUUGUAGAUGCUCUGUGUUUUAUCCAGGACUGUGGCAUUGACACUCAUCAGGCCCCGACCUCCUCCCUUCCGGCAAUCUCUGGGUGCUAGGUUUCAGGUUCAUUUAGAGUGAGUAGUUUCCCGGUCUUGACAUCCAUGGUGGCCAGUUCUUAUCUUGGCCAGGUUAUUAUUCCAGCUGAGUACCUAAUGACUGGUAAGGCAUAUGUGCUGGUGGCUUGGAUCUUGUUCUUGCCAUUCAGCUGGGACUUAAGGACCUGUCUGACUCUCUGGAAGUACUUGGGUGUUGUUCUCUGUGACGGACUGCCUGGCCCCCUGACUGGGCACCCCCGCCAAUCACGCUUUCUAGUAUCACCGAGUACUAUAAGCACCGCACCAGACACCAUAAACACCGUAGCUCCCCUUAGCUCCCUGUGAGAAGACCUCUCCUCCAAGAGAAUAUAAUAAUCCAAAGAGCAGUAUAGCAAUUCCCCCCACACAUGAGCCAAGGCUUAAUGCUGGGAAGUAGUCUGUUUAAUGCAAGCAAGCACUUUCAAUUUAUACAUACAUUUAAACCCCCAAAAGCCUAAUUUACAUGCAAUAGGGUACAUAGAAGGCAAGCAUCAUAGGUGGGAGUACGGACAGAAGAUACACGUAAGUCUUCAGCAGAUCGUAAGUGCCUAGACGGGACAUACUUGUUUAUAAGGGAGGAAAGAUAGGUGGGAGCAGCAUUAUAUAGAGAUUUGAAAGCAAGAACCAGAAUUUUAAGUAUUUUACAGGAAGCCAAUGUAGGGACUGACAGAAGGGUGAGGCGUGGGAGGUGCGAGCGGACUGAAAGAUGAGCCUCGCUGCUGCAUUCUAUGCCAUGUGGACUGUAACGGCGCAAGUUGGGAGCACGUAAGACCGGAUUACAGUAGUCAAGGCGAGAAAAGACAGUGGAAUAGACCAGCACCUUAGUUGCAUCUGGCGUUAAGUAGGGUCGGAUGCACGCAAUGUUUUUUGAGAUGGAAGCGGCAGGAUCUGGCGAUAGAUUGAACAUGAGGCUUGAAGGAGAGGUCAGAGUCAAAGAGAACACCUAGGCAGCGAGCCUGCAUGGUGGAGCCGGUAGCACCGUUGACUUGGAGGGAGACAGACACAGGAGUAGCAACACUUAAGGGAGAAAAGACCAGAAUUUCAGUUUUGGUCAAGUUGAGUUUAAGGAAGUGGGCAGCCAUCCAGUUGGAAAUAGCAGAGAGGCAGUCAGAGACACUAGUCAAGAGGGACGGGGAGAAAUCAGGAGAGGACAGGUAGAUUUGCGUGUCAUCUGCAUAGAAAUGAUAUUGGAAGCCAAAGGAGCUAAUGAGCAUAAUGGUGAUAUUGUCCUGGAGCAAGCCUCCUGUUAUGGCACCGAUACAGACUGGAGAGAGGUGACAGAGGAGAGUAAACAGUGUAGUCAGACAUAGAGAUUAUAGGCAGAUUGAAACAGAAAUGGUAAAACAGAGAUAUUUCUAAUGCAUAUUAUUAUCCCCAACAAAUAGCCGCCCCCAUGUUUGCCAAUAUUGACACAUAUUAUAUGAUGGGGUGAGGGACUGGAGUACCAGAGUUAGGACAGUUGGCAAGUAUGGUUCCUCUCCUGUACGUGUUAUGGCCAGACACUGUACUGUUGGCUUUCGUCUCCCUUGAUAAACAUAGAUUGUGUAAAUAGGAUUGAAAGAAUACGGAGAGAUUUUUUCAUCUUAAUGGAAAUUGUCUUUUUUGUUAUAAAGAAACAAUUGUAGAGAGGGAAGCAGAGGUGGGGAAUGACGGAUAUAUUUUCCACUUAAUUAACUAUUUCAUGGCAGUGAGUGAGUGUGUACACUAUUGCUGCCCAAUAGCUGCUGUGCUGUAGUUUAACAACGGAUGUGUAUGUGCCUUUUGAUUAGCUACUUUGGCAUACAAUUUGAGACGUACUUUAAUUCAGUGACAGGAUGCAGGAGCUGGGGCUUGAGAUGGCUGUAAUCACAUGGUACGGAGUCCUCAAUGAGCUGAGAAUAGCAGAAAUGGCAGAGAAUUUAACAGUGAAUCAGCAGGGGCAUGGUCUAUGCACCAUAACUACUUCACUAAGAGAUCUAUACACCAUAACUACUUCACCAAGUGAUCUACACUGUAACUACUUCACUAAGUGGUCUAUACACCAUAACUACUUCACCAACUGAUCUACACACCAUAACUACUUCACCAAGUGAUCUACACACCAUAACUACUUCACAAAGUGAUCUACACCGUAACUACGUCACUAAGUGAUCUACACACCAUAACUACUUCACUAAAUGGUCUACACACCAUAACUACUUCACAAAGUGAUCUACACACCAUAACUACUUCACUAAGUGGUCUAUACACCAUAACUACUUCACAAGUGAUCUACACACCAUAACUACUUCACUAAAGUGAUCUACACACCAUAACUACUUCACUCACCAACUGAUCUACACACCAUAACUACUUCACUAAGAGAUCUAUACACCAUAACUACUUCACUAAGUGAUCUACACCGUAACUACUUCACUAAGUGGUCUAUACACCAUAACUACUUCACCAACUGAUCUACACACCAUAACUACUUCACUAAGAGAUCUAUACACCAUAACUACUUCACUAAGUGAUCUACACCGUAACUACUUCACUAAGUGGUCUAUACACCAUAACUACUUCACCAACUGAUCUACACACCAUAACUACUUCACUAAGAGAUCUAUACACCAUAACUACUUCACUAAGUGAUCUACACCGUAACUACUUCACUAAGUGGUCUAUACACCAUAACUACUUCACCAACUGAUCUACACACCAUAACUACUUCACUAAGUGGUCUAUACACCAUAACUACUUCACCAAGUGAUCUACACACCAUAACUACUUCACUAUGUGGUCUACAACCAUAACUACUUCACUAAGAGAUCUAUACGCCAUAACUACUUCAUUAAGAGAUCUAUACACCAUAACUACUUCACUAAAUGGUCUAUACACCAUAACUACUUCACCAAGUGAUCUACACCGUAACUACGUCACUAAGUGAUCUACACACCAUAACUACUUCACUAAGAGAUCUAUACACCAUAACUACUUUACUAAGAGAUCUACACACCAUAACUACUUCACAACGUGAUCUAUACACCAUAACUACUUCACUAAAUGGUCUAUACACCAUAACUACUUCACUAAGUGGUCUAUACACCAUAACUGCUUCACCAAGUGAUCUAUACACCAUAACUACUUCACUAAAUGGUCUAUACACCAUAACUACUUCACUAAGUGGUCUAUACACCAUAACUACUUCACUAAGGGCUCUAUACAGAAGAAGAUUUCGUCUAAGGCAAAGGAAAGGUUUUUUUACUGUAAGAACAAUCAGGAUGUGGAAUUCUCUGCCUGAAGAAGUGGUUUUAUCAGAGUCCAUACAGAUGUUCAAACUGCUACUAGAUGCAUACUUGCAAAACCAGAAUAUUCAAGGAUAUAAUCUUUCAAUGUAGGGUAAUAACUGCUUGAUCCAAGGAUAAAUCUGACUGCCAUUCUGGGGUCAAGAAGGAAUUUUUUCCUAGUUUGUUGCAAAAUUGGAAGCGCUUCAAACUGGGUUUUGCCUUCUUUUGGAUCAACAGCAAAACCAGAUGUGAGGAAGGCUGAACUUGAUUGCUUUGCACUAGUUAAAGUGUUAUUUGCACAUUACUAAAUAAGCACUUUGUUUUACAAUUUAUGUACACGAAUUUGAUGGCACGAUUUUAAAGGCACAGCGCACAUUAUUGAUUUGGAGUUAUUCCCUAUAAAGCGGACAUUGUUGAACAUUCCAAGUGAAUUUUACAAUUUAAUGUAUUGAAAACCAUAUCUAAGCUAUAUUUUCAGUUUGGCGUAAACUUUGAACUCCCUCUAAAUUCCUGACAAUUCGCACUUUAGAAAACACCUUAUACAAAAUGAAUGAUUUAAUGAUAUUACGUAAUAUUUCAAUUAGAAAAUAACAAGUACGUAAAUCUCUAUAACUUUUUUUUGUCCUCUUACUCCACAGUCAAGGGAUCGGAAGAUGGUGGGCGACAUGAAUGGCGCCGUGUCUUAUGGUGGCACAGCGCGUUCUCUCAACAUCGCUGCGACCGUGCUCAGCAUUCUACUGAUCUUUAUCGCAAUCAUUCUGGUUGUAACCGGGGUGAUAAGGAGUAGCUAUGGGGUACAUUGA